GUUCCCAGAGCUCCAAAAUGGCCAUCUUCACCAAACUCUGCAGAGCCUCUUCGUGCGUCAAGGCCACUUUUCUCCUCCGCCAAGAGAGCUGUAUGAGUAAUGUCCCCGUGAGCAACGUCUACGGCGGGGCGAAGCCCCAGAACCCCAAUCAGAGAUUACUUUAACCCAGUUGCGGCAAAAGCACAAAAAGGCCGAGCCGAUCACCGUCGUCACAGUUUACGACUACCAGUUUCGGUGCACCUCGACACAGCCGGAAUUGAUAUGUCUGCCUCGUUGGCGACUCUGCCUCCAUGGUGGUUCACGGUCACGACACCACACUUCUUAUCUGGCCGGAUGAAAUGCUUGUCCAUUGCCGUGCUUUUGCUCGUGGCAGUUGAUGCGGUAGUAAGGGUGUUGAAGGAAGGAGCAAUGGAUGCUAUCAAAUUGGAAGGAGGGGGAUUCAGGUCUCAAGGGAAAACUGUCUCCAGCGCUGUCAAGGUUGUGGAGACUGCAUUGGCUUUGCAGGAAGCUGGAUGUUUCUCAGUUGUUUUAGAAUGUGUUCCUCCGCCUGUGGCUGCUGCAGCCACAUCUGCCCUUCGGAUUCCAACAAUUGUUGUUGGAGCUGGACCUUUCUGUAGUGGACAGGUACUUGUUUGCCAUGAUCUAUUGGGAAUGCUUCAACAUCCGCGUCAUGCCCAGGUCACACCGAGGUUCUGCAAGCAAAAUGCUCGUGUUGGAGAUGUCAUCAACAAAGCACUUUCCGAACGAGUUUCGAAGAUGGGUUUGGACAAGGCAGCAUCCGCAGCAGCUGAAGCGGCCGAGAUGAUGGAUAAAAAAGAAUCACUUGCAAAAUAACUGAAGAAGAAACCAUACCGGACAUUUGCCCCUUUUAGGGUUGAUCAAAUGAAGUGAUGCUUGGUAG